CGGGACUUCCGGCCGAGGGCUCUUCGCCUCUUCUCCUCAUGGCGGCCGAGCUGGGCCAAGAGGCCGAGGUGGCGGAGCUGCAGCGGAUGGUGGCGGCCGAGGAGCAGCGGGCGCGCCUCACGGCCCAGGUCCACACCUUCAUGGAGGCCUGCUGGGAGAAGUGCGUGGACAAGCCCGGCUCCAAGCUCGACUCCCGGACAGAGACCUGCCUGGCCAACUGCGUCAACCGCUUCAUCGACACCACCUUGUCCGUCACCAACCGCUUUGCACAGCUCAUGCAGAAGGGCGGCCACUGACCAGGGCCCCCAGCAAGCUCUGGGGUGGGGGCCCUUCCAAAGGCGGCCAAGGAAGGGGGCUUGGUGGAGGAAAUGCCCGACUCAAUCAGCAAAAGUGGACUCACUGUGACGGCGCUGCGCUACUUUCCUGCCCGGGCAGGAGAAUAGGAGUGAAGGCACCCAGAUGGUGUUAAACAUGCUCACUUUUCCAAUUAAAGGAGUGCAAUAGUUCCGUUUCUUCACAAGGGGGUGUAAAGAUUCCGUCCAGUAAUGCUGUGCAUAGAGCAAUUUGGCUGGAUCCGAAGCUGCCGUUAAUAUCUGUACGAGAAAAAUGUAAUUUAUUCUCCUUUACUGGGAGAUCAAUCAAACAUUUAUUUUAUCCAAAUACGGCGGUGUUUGUACAAAAUAUCCAUCAUUAAAUGAAAAAUGGUUUCUUCAAUAAA